CUAAUCCCAAGCGAAUAUUCCCGCCAACGAUCCCAUCCCUACCCUCUCGAAUCACAGUUCAUCCAACCAAAACCGCACUUAAUCCCAGCAAAAGAAAAGAGAGGAAAUUGAUCGAUCGAUCGAUCGAUCUUGUCAGCUAUAAUGCGGGACGCCAUCACGCCGCAUUACGGAUCGAUGCCUUCUCUAGCCGAUCGAUCCGAGCUAUAAAUGCAUGCCCGCCAUGGCGAUCUUUCGUUGCGACGAGGCGACGUACGUAGGUAACGUAGCUUGAUCAAUCUAGCUAUGGCGGCGAGCGACGGCGUUGGCAAUGGCGCGGUUGUGGUGGUGUUCGACUUCGACAAGACGAUCAUCGACUGCGACAGCGACAACUGGGUCGUCGACGCGCUCGGCGCCACCGGCCGCUUCGACGAGCUCCUCCGCCGCCUCCCCUGGAACUCCGCCAUCGACGCCAUGAUGGGGGAGCUGCACGCGGAGGGGAGGACCGUGGAGGAGGUCGCGGCGUGCCUCAGGGCGGCGCCGCUGUCGCCGCGCGUCGCGGCGGCCGUGGAGACGGCGCACGCGCUCGGGUGCGAGCUCAGGGUGCUCAGCGACGCCAACGCCUUCUUCGUCGGCGCUGUCCUCGAGCACCACGGCCUCGCCGGCUACUUCUCGGCGGUCGACACCAACCCGGCCUUCGUCGACGGCGACGGCCGCCUGAGGAUCCUCCCCUACCACGACUUCCACGCCCCCGCCGCCGGCCAUGGCUGUACGCUCCCCACCUGCCCUCCCAACAUGUGCAAGGGCAAGGUGAUGGAGAGGAUCGUCGACGAAAUCUCGUGCGGCGGUGGAGGCGGCAAGCCGGCGGCGAGGAGGAGGAGGGUGGUGUACCUCGGCGACGGGAGAGGCGACUACUGCCCGUCGCUGAAGCUGACGGAGAGGGACUACGUGAUGCCGAGGAAGGGCUACCCGGUGUGGGACCUCAUCGCCGGCGACCGCGACGCCGUCCGGGGCGACGUCCGCGAGUGGGCCGACUUCGACGACCUCGAGGCCGUGCUGCUCGGCAUCGUAGCCGAGUGCCUGACGUCGGAACAGGAGGAGGACGACGACGACGACGAUGGCGAGGCUGCGCCGGCGCCGGCGCCUGCGGAUCAGUGCCGUGCCCUGCAGCCGACGUUGGCUUCUGGCCAGGAUCAGGCGAUCCUCCCUAAGGCAGUUCAUGUGCCUAAUUAACUGGGCUUCCAUAGCACUGACACAGUGCCCAGAUAAUCAAUUGGUUAAUAAUUAAUCAUGCUUAAUUAACUAUGUAAGCUUCACAUCUGUUGCAAGAUGGUGAGCUUUAGCAACUAGUCUCGGAUCAUGUGAAAGAUCCCAUUAUCUUAAAAAAAAUGUAAGUUAGCUACUGUGUUUGUUCACUUGUUUAGAACAUUCAAAUAAACGCACUAAAAAGAGUAUUGGUGUUA